AUUUUAUUUAUUUAUUUAUUUAUAUAUUUAUUUGUAAAAAUGAAAUUACUUGUUUUAUUAUUACUCGCUUUUAUUGUUUUGGUCAAUGGUCAUGCUGUUUUAGUUAAACCAACACCUUUUUCAAAAAAUCCAUCAACUGCACAACCAUGUGGUGCAGGUACUCCACAAACCACAAAUACUUUAGGUAAAAUUUGCAGAGGUAAAACUAACACUUUUGUUUGGGAUGUUGUUGUUGGUGAUGGUACUGGCAAAGUCACCUUUAAACUUAGCACCAAAAACGACAAAAAUAAUUUUGAUGUAACCCUUGGCACUUCAGUUGAAAACCCAGAUAAAGUUGGUACUUUUUCACUCCACGUUGACAUUCCUAAAGAUGCACCAGAGGGUAAUUUCCUUAUUCAAGCUUCUUCCUCAACAAAAUGGAAUUCAUGUUCAUUCGUUCAAGUUACUGAUGAUUGUACUGAAGAUGAAAACCCAACUACUGAAGUCCUUGCUUUUGGUACCGGUGAUGCUAAAUUCUGUCAAAUGAAACUUGGUAAAAGCGUUGUUGUUCCAGUUGGCACUGUUCUUACUGAGGCAGAUGAUGACACCAAAGCAGUUUUCUCUAGAAAUAUGAAUAACAUAAAUGUUAUUGGUACCAAUACUUCCGAAUGUGGUUCCUUAUAUAAACCAAUUUUAUGUGAUACCACUUUCCCAUUAGCCCCAGGUUCCGAUGGUAAACCAGUUUACCAAGUUAGUUAUGAUGAUUGUACUAGUUUCAUCAAAACUUGUGAUGUAUCUUCACAUAUUGACCUUUACCCAUGCGGUAUCUACAAAGCUGGUUUGGAAAAUUCUUCAAGCAAACUUACCAUCUCUGCAUUCUUUGCUAUUUUAAUUUUUUCAAUUGUUUUAUUACUUUAAUUUUAUUAAAAAUUAAUUAAUUAAUUUGCUUAAAACAAUUAAUCAAAUAAAAAUCACCCGAAACCUUAUUUAUUUAUUUAUUC